GUUACUGGAAAGAAUCGCAAUCGGACAUGAGACUAGACCAAACUUUUGAAAAGAGCAGAAAAUGUUAUCUUUACUAUAAACAGUUCUUGCAUUUCAUGUAGCUGUUUACAUAAGCAAAACAUUUAAUAAGUGUUUUCUGAAUGUAGAAGAGAACAGCUGCAGAAAUCUAAGUGCUUCUGUGUUCCUUUUUUUUUCUUUUUUUUCCCCUUAUAGUCUUGGAACAGUAAAAUCUAAGAAGAAAACUGGAGACUGACACAGAUCAGGGUGUUUCUACCACUGUACCUUCUUCUGAAAGAGGAACUUCUUUUGGGGGUGGGAAUAAUGACAGGGACAGAAAGAAAAAGAAGUGCAGUCUGGAGGAAGAUCCAUGCUGUCCGCGUCGAAGAUAUCAGACUGUGGUGCAUAAAAAGGCUGCCCAUUCUGCAGUGGGUGUCCGUCUACAACUGCAAGGAAAAUCUGGUUCCUGAUACAGUUUCUGGGAUGAUGCUAGCCAUUCAACAGGUGACCCAAGGGCUGGCCUUCGCUGUUCUGUCUUCAGUCCAUCCAGUUUUUGGUUUAUAUGGCUCUUUCUUUCCUGUCAUUAUUUAUGCUGUAUUUGGAAUGGGACGCCACGUCGCGACAGGAACUUUUGCUUUAACUUCCUUAAUAUCUGCCAAUGCAGUUGAACGUCUUGUACCUUCAGUCAGCACUAAUUUCACUAUAAACAAUAAUUCAGGAGUCUUGGGCCUCUCAGAGUUUGAAAUGCAGAGGAUUGGAGUUGCUGCAGCAGUUUCAUUUUUAGGAGGACUCAUUCAGGUAGCGAUGUUUCUGCUGCACUUGGGCAGUGCCACCUUCUUGUUGACAGAACCAGUGAUAAGUGCAAUGACAACAGGAGCAGCUACACAUGUCGUGACUUCACAAGUGAAGUAUCUGCUGGGAAUGAAAAUGCCAUACAUAUCAGGACCACUGGGAUUUUUUCAUAUUUAUGCCUACAUAUUUCAGAAUAUCAGAUCAGUUCAACUAGAGGCUUUGCUUCUGUCCCUGCUGAGCAUUGUGGUGCUUGUUCUUGUUAAAGAAUUGAAUGAGAAAUUUAAAAGAAACAUUAAAGUUGUUCUUCCCAUCGAUCUAGUUUUGAUAAUCGCUGCCUCUGUUGCCUGCUACUAUGUUGAUAUGGAAUACGUCUAUGGGCUAGAAGUUGUGGGACAUAUUCCUGAAGGUAUACCAUUACCAAGAGCACCACCCAUGAAUGUCCUGCCUGAAGUAGUCGUUGAAGCUUUUGGAGUAGCACUGGUUGGUUAUGUAGCAUCACUAGCUCUAGCCCAAGGCUCUGCUAAAAAGUUUAAGUAUACUGUGGAUGACAACCAGGAGCUUUUGGCUCAUGGCCUCAGCAAUGUGAUUCCUUCAUUUUUCUUUUGCAUACCAAGUGCUGCAGCGAUGGGACGUACAGCACUUUUAUAUAGUACGGGCGCCAGAACACAGGUGGCUUGCCUUAUCUCUUGUGCAUUAAUUCUUGUGGUGAUUUAUGCAGUCGGACCAAUGUUAUAUUGGAUGCCCAUGUGUGUUCUAGCAAGCAUUAUUGUUGUGGGCUUGAAGGGGAUGCUGAUGCAGUUCCGCGACUUAAAAAAAUAUUGGAAUGUGGAUAAAAUAGACUGGAGCAUAUGGGUUAGUACCUAUGUGUUUACAAUAUGCUUUGCUGCUAACGUGGGACUGUUGUAUGGAGUUGUCUGCACAAUAGUAAUUGUGAUUUUCCGCUUUCCCAGAGCAAACACACUGCAUGUGAAAAAUGUGAAAGAAGUGGAAUAUAAAUACAAAGCAGAAGAUAACUGUGAAUUGUUAAAACAAGUAAAGAUAAUUUCAGUCAACAACCCACUAGUCUUUCUGAAUGCCAGGAAAUUUCAUGCUGACUUGAUAAAAAUAAUCCAGAAGGAUAGCACAAGCACCCAGGCAUAUGAAGAUGUAAACAAGUGUGAGCAGAACACAUUGCUCUGUUCAUUUUCCAAUGGAAGUUGUCGUGGUGAGUCCUUGCUGCAGCCAUGCCAUGGGGAGCGACAUGCUUUGAUACUAGACUGCAGUGGACUGAAUUUCUUUGACUAUACUGGAGUCUCAGUGCUGCUUCAGCUUUACGUGGAUUGUAAAAACAGACACAUUGAUGUGUUGCUAGCACACUGCAAAGCUUCCUUGAUAAAAGCUAUGCAGUAUGGUGGAAACCUUGAAUCUGAACAUCCUGUCUUCUUUGAAUCUGUUUCUUCUGCAAUUGGUGCCAUUCAGAUUAACAGGAAUUACAGCAAAUACAGCGAACAAAGUGAAGUGUGAUAUCGACUCAUUGCAUGUGGCUUUUUGAUCUGCUCAUUUUUGGAGUGAACUACACCACAGUUUUUAUUUGGCUUCUUUUUUUCUCCAGAUCUUGCAGAUGAUAUUUUGUAUACCAUAUAUAUUUACUACACACAGUAAUGACAGGUCUGCAGUUCAGAAAAAAAAAAAUUUCAGAUGCUAUCACUCAGAGAAUAUUCAUAUAAUCAUUCUAUAGUUGUUUUCUAUAAUAUUUUUAUACACAUUUAAAUACAAAUUAUUACAAACCAGAUAUGUGGUAUUGACCAUGUUUACGAGUGAGGUAUAUUCUUUUAAAUCUCUUCUAUUGUAACAUUAAUUGUAAUAUGCAUCUUUAGUUUUGUGCAUGGAAUAAUAAGACAUUAUAAAUCCUGAAAAACAAUAUAUGCAGGAAGCAAUAUACUGACGCAUACUGUUUCUAAUAUUUUUACCUAUCUUUCUGUUCAAGACAGUCAUUUGCGGUAACAGCAUCAUAUCACAGCUAGCAUAUUCUUGCAUUUUUUGUACUUGGUUAUCACAAGCAUUUAAUGGCUGCAAAGGUCCAUGGGAGCUCGGCGUAUUCAGGGAAGGCAGAUGUGUGUUGGCUAGGUGCUCUAGAUUGUCUCCUCCUCUAGUACCUGCCAUGAAUUAUUAUUAUUAUGGUUUGUCAUGUUUUCAGAGCCACAGGUAUUCUUUAAUUGAGAUGGAAGAGGAAAAACUGGCAAUGUUUUUCCAAAAUUUUUAACUAUUUCUACCAUAAAGUAGUCUACACUUUUAGUGUAAGCUAUGAUGUGGUUGGUACUGAAAUCUUCAACUGUAGCAGCAGUGGAGCAAACCAAGGUACAUGUAACAUUUCAGCUCAAAUUUCUGUGUGCCGUACUGUGUGAGAACACACAAAUGCGGUGGAAGAAUUCACAGUUUGAAUGUGUGCCUUGUAAUUAUGGGUUUCUAUCCACAAUAUUAGAUUAUGCUAUCAUAUUAAUAUUAUACACAGGAGAAAUCAGUACCAUACAUUGUUAUACAUACAUACAUGUCAGAUACUACAGCUGAUUGCAAAUGACUCAUCGCAUUCUUGGACUCAGGGACAGGUUAUGACAUUUGGUUAAUAAUUGCCUCAAAUAAUAGUCUUAGUAGUAAUUUAAUAGUCUUAAUAGUAAUUUAUUAACACUAUAGAUACUAUUUACAUUGUACUUUAAUUGUACAGCAUUAAUUGUAUGUCACAGCUGAAUGGAGAUCUCUACUUAAAUAUAAACUGCAUAGGUGAAUAAAACGUAUCUUCUCUACUAAUUUCACUAUUUACUCUUUGAUGGCUAAGUGUAUUUUCUGAAAGUUUACAGAUAAGUUGAUUAAUAAAAUUUUUUAAAAUGAGGUCUUUAACAAACAUAGCAUCCACUACGAGACCUUUGUUUUUGUUCUGUGUGAUCUUGUUACUGGAACAACACAAAUGCUUUUAAGAUUCUGUGUGAUGCUAGUGCUUGUUGAAAUCCUCUGCACCUCUGCAACAAAUUAAAAAUUUGUCAGUGCUAAUCAAAAUUGUUUUCCAUUUUCCACUAAUUUCAAUAGGAAUAAAUUCUCCACGCCUAAAUGGCUGUUUUGAGAUGGACAUUUAUUUCCCAUUAGGUCAAAGACCUUCUUGGAGCACAGUGUCAUUUUAAAAUGUGUUUCAUUGAGGUAAGACGACACGUACAAAAUGUCUUAAUGCUAUCAUUAUUGCUUGGUUGUCUCUCAGAGCAGAAUCAAGGAUGAAAUGCAUUUCUUACCUUAAAACAUUUAAGUGUAACUCUGAAUUUUUAAACAUUCCAACACUGAGCUUUGGGAUACUUGUGAUAUUCCUGUAAUGUAUUUUACUUCAUAUUAUUAGCCUAAAUUUCCUUUUACUUCUGAGCAUAUAAAUUGUUAAUUAACUUUUCUUUCUGGCAAGUGGCCCCACUGUAGAUACAAUACUUAUUAGUAGAACAGAAUGUUCAAGGAACCCUGAUAAAAGGGAAAAAGAUAGCUGCCUCCUCAGUUGUUUUUGAAACACCUAUACUACUACUCAGUACAAAAUACUGAGUUUAAGCUCUAUAGUUUCAGCUUUAUCAGACCAAUCACAGAAGUGAUUGGUGGGUGAGGGAGGGUCAUUUAUUUUUUACUGAUGACCUAAGAAGACAAAUUACAUCAGUAGUCAUGCAGUUUUCAUUUUUUCCACCACCACCCUUCUGAGUUAUUGAAGAUUACAAAAACUGAUAACUGCAUGUUGCCUGUCUUCAAGUGGCCAGGAUGACAUGACGUCAGAUUUCAAAUGCCAGUGACUGACCACGAGGAAAUCACUGAUUGUUCUGGUUGUGGCUGUAAGGUGCUGAGCAUCUUUUCUGAGUUUCUCAUUGCAAAUCUCUCAUGAUAAUGUGUUUGCUUCACUUUUACAGUAAACUGAAAAACAGCAACAGCCUGAUUCUUCUUUGUGAAGAUUUAAGGAAACAUCCUAAGCCUUUUUAGACUAAGUCAUGGAGCAUAGUAUCAAUUCCAACCAGUUUAACCAUGCUGCUUUGUGUAGACUGUCUAUUGGCUUCCCUCUGGCUCAUCAGGAAAUAUUAGAAUGUAAUUAUAUAGGAGCUUGUCGUAAAACCUCCAGUUAGCUUCCCCCAAAUUAUUCUUCUGAUUCAGAAGGGCAAAGGAAGCCAAACCCAACCUGUAGCAAAGACACUGCACGAAGUCUGUGUGCUACUGAACUCCCUCCUUACAGUGGGGCAGGCUCCCAUCCCCUUAUCCAUGCAGAGGUGAAUUUGAGACAUUAAGAGUAUGGGGGUAUAGUUAUUGUGCCCUCUUAGACAGCCAUUCAUAUUUGUACCUUACACUUAUUUACCUGAAUAUCCCUAAGGCAUUUUUCAGAAUAAUGUACAUUUUUUAUUAGCUGUCUUUGGAUACAUAAGCUUGUGCAGUGUCAGCAGUAAGGACACAGUCCUACAAAGUGCUGAGCUCUCCCAGUUCCUGUUGAUUGCUUAAGGUGUGAGAAAUACUCAGUGCUUCACAGUAAAGGCUCAACAAAGUGUCUCAGUUACUAACAAACCAUUUUAGAAGGUUUUAACUAAUGAAGUCAAUGGGGAUUCUGGGUAUUAAGCAAUUCUGUAAAAGAAACCAUCCAUUUUGGUUCCUACAUAUGUACACUUAGAUGCUCAGAUUCUGCAUUCUUAAAUCCAAAGCAAUCAUGUACCUUAUGAAAAUCUAUGCUUCAGUAUUGUACAUUUUGGUAUAUCUGCACUUCAUAGGAAAACAUUAAGAUAUGAUUGCUUUUAAGAGAUGGCCAAUAUUUUGAGAGCUAUUUGCUUGAGAUUUUUUAGGAAUUUUUAGGAAAUAAUCCUAAACUUUAGGAUUUGCUUAUUAUGUGAAUGAAGAUUUUUCUGAAAAUUAUAAGAUGCACUAAUCAGCAUAUGCUAAAAUGGGGAUCUUAUCAUAUGCUUCUUACAGAAUUUGUUUCACGCGUUCCAAAACAAAGCAAGCAAAGAUGAAAAAAAAUAGAGUGCAAACUGAUGUUAAGAAAUGAACAUAGUGACAAUUAUAAAUUAGACAUAAAAUAUGUAAUAAGAGAAAGACUGUUAACAUUAUAUGUAUGCAAAUUAAAUGUUGCUAAUUUUUAUCAUGUGUCUUCUAUUUUAAAGGUUAUUUGCCCUGAUUCUGUGAUUCAAGUGUCACAAGGUCUGAGUUUAGCUGCCUUGACAUAAUUUAUUUGACAGUCUGUAUGCCAUAAAUAUACAGCAUAACAAGGAAAGGUAUCUUCACUGUUGAAUGAAAACAUUAAUAUGUCAAUACUGUGUAUGAAAAUUGUUUGACAUUUACUAGUUACCAAAAUAAAACAUACAGUAUGCCUUGAAAAUAUGGCAGUCCUAUUUUUGGGAGAUACUUUCUUUGUUUACAGAAAGUAGUCUCUUAUAAAUAAAUGAACGCAUGCAAUUCCAGAGUGGAUGCUAAACAGUGCUUUCAUCAUUACGAUGCAUUCUUAGUAAAGAUCACAUAAUGUACACAUUUCCAUUUGUUUUACAAUGCAUUUAAUUGUUUUUUUCCCUUAUUUCAAUUCUGUAUAUUAGCACGUGCAACAAUAAAUUCAUAUGGAAAUAAAAUGGAAUAGGAGAUAAUUUACAAGU